AAUAAUAAAAAAAAUUCUAUUCCUCUAAAACCCUAAACCCUGUCCCUGUUCCGCCCUUCAGAGAACUGGCGCAAAGUUCUUUAUACUUCUAUCAUCCUCUGAUAAUUCUACACAUUGUGGGCGGUGUUCUUGAAUCUUGCUGCCCUAAACAAGAGUAAGAGACUAAAAUGGCGUCAGUAUCAUUGAAGAAGAGUUACAAGUGUGUGCAGUCCCUGCAGCAGUUCUACACAGGAGGGCCUUAUGCCGUCGCUUCAGAUGAAUCGUUUCUUGUAUGUGCGUGUGAUGAAGCAAUAAAGAUUGUCGAUUUAUCAAACGCUUCGAUAAAAUCUACAAUAGAAGGUGAUUCUGAAGCAGUAACAGCUCUUGCUCUUAGCCCUAAUAAUAAUUUCCUCUUUUCUGCUAGUCAUAGCCGACAGAUUAGAGUUUGGGACCUUUCCACGCUGGAAUGCCUACGUUCCUGGAAGGGGCAUGAAGGACCUGUAAUGGGCAUGGCUUGCGAUGCAUCAGGUGGAUUGCUGGCAACAGCUGGGGCUGACAGGAAAGUUCUCGUGUGGGACGUUGAUGGAGGCUUUUGCACUCAUUAUUUCAAAGGUCACAAGGGGAUUGUUACCAGCAUUAUGUUUCAUCCUGACCCAAAUCGUCUGCUGCUGUUCUCUGGUGGUGAUGAUGGUUCUGUAAGGGUCUGGGAUCUGACAAGGAAGAAAUGUCUGUCAACACUAGAGAAACAUCAAUCAGUUAUCACUUCCAUGGUAAUAUCUGAAGACGGAUGGACUUUGCUUAGCGCAGGGAGAGACAAGGUUGUAAAUAUCUGGAACUUACAUGAUUAUGGCUGCAUGACCACCAUACCAAUGUUUGAGUCACUUGAAGCGGUGUGUAUAAUUGGUCCAGAAUCUCCUUUUGCUGCAUUCCUGUCUUCGUCAACAUAUCCACAGACAAGGAAGAGAAGUGAUGUACCAUCAAUUAAUUUCAUCACUGUUGGCGAGCGAGGAUUGGCUCGGAUAUGGAGUGCUGAUAGGGCACUGUGCCUUUUUGAGCAGAAAUACUCUGAUAUUGCCGUAAGCUCUGGCGAAGAAGAUUCAAAGAGAGGCUUUAUUUCGGCUUUGAUUAUGCCUGCAAGUCAGGAGUUACUUUGUGUUACAGCUGACCAGCAGUUUUUUCUUUAUUAUCCUGAGGAAUCUGAAGGUAGUCUGAAUCUAGUUCUUAGGAAGAGGUUUGUUGGAUACAAUGAAGAGAUUGUAGAUAUGAAAUUUUUGGGUGACGAGGAACAGUUCCUUGCUGUUUCGACAAGCGUAGAGCAGGUGCGAGUGUAUGAUCUUACAUCAAUGUCGUGCUCUUAUGUCUUGGCUGGGCAUACUGAUGUUAUUUUGUGCCUUGAUACCUGUGUAUCAAGUUCUGGAAGAACACUUAUUGUAACAGGGAGCAAGGACAACACCGUUAGGUUAUGGGAUUGCCAGAGCAAAGCUUGUGUUGGAGUUGGCAUAGGUCACAUGGGAGCUGUUGGUGCUGUUGUUUUUUCGAAGAAACAGAGAAAUUUCUUUGUGAGUGGUAGUAGUGACCGUACUCUGAAGGUAUGGAAUUUGGAUUCUGUCCCUGACAACAAUGCAGAAGUUCUAACUUUGAAAGCAAAAGCAGUUGUAGCAGCGCAUGACAAGGACAUUAACUCUUUGGCGGUAGCACCAAAUGACAGUCUUGUUUGUAGUGGAUCCCAGGAUCGUACUGCUUGCAUAUGGAGACUUCCAGACCUAGUAUCAGUGGUUGCACUGAAAGGGCAUAAAAGGGGGAUAUGGUCUGUGGAGUUUUCGCCAGUUGAUCAAUGUGUGAUGACAGCUUCUGGAGAUAAGACGAUAAGGAUUUGGGCAAUAUCUGAUGGAACAUGUUUGAAAAUAUUUGAUGAACAUAGAUCUAGUGUGUUAAGAGCGUCAUUUCUCUCCCAUGGCACCCAGAUUGUUUCUUGCGAUGCUGAUGGUAUGGUGAAGUUGUGGACAGUUAAGACCAAUGAGUGUAUUGCGACUUAUGACCAACAUGAGAAUAAGAUUUGGGCCUUGGCUGUUGGUAAGAAAACAGAAAUGCUUGCAACUGGCGGUGGUGAUGCAGUGAUCAAUUUGUGGCAUGACUCAACAACUUUAGAUAAAGAGGAAGCUUUUCGUAAAGAAGAGGAAGGCGUUCUAAGGGGUCAAGAGCUAGAAAAUGCUUUAAUAGAUGCUGACUACACAAGAGCAAUUCAGAUUGCAUUUGAGCUUCGCAGACCACAUAAACUUCUACAGUUAUUUGGCGAACUCUACAGGAAGAGCGAUAUGGAAGAUCAGAUCGGAAAAGCACUAAAGGCUUUCAGUAAGGAAGAGUUUCGCUUGCUUUUGGAAUAUAUCCGGGAAUGGAACACGAAGCCAAAGUUUUGUCAUAUUGCACAAUUUGUUCUUUCGCGGGUAUACAGUAUUCUCCCAGCUACCGAGAUUGUUGAGGUACCUGGACUUACAGAACUUUUUAAAGGUCUUAAACCUUAUACUCAGAGGCAUUUCAAUAGAGUAGAUAGAUUAGUAAGAAGCCUAUGCAUUUUCCAGUAUACUUCAGCUGUAAUGUCAGUCAUUGAACCAGAAGGUCCGGGGAAAUUGGAGGACAAGGAUGCCAAACUUCUUAAUGCUGCAGAUAUCGAGCAGUUAAGUGACGUUACCUCAACGGAGGAAGAGCAGCACCAUAAAGAAUUGAAAGAAAAGAGUUCUUCAAAAAAGCGAAAAAACAAAUCAAGACAUGCUGCUAGUAAGAAAGUGAGGGGGGGGGGGGGUGAUUAACUCGUUUGAUUCAGUGGCGUAAGCUGUUGCAUUUUCUGAUUAGUUGAGCUAGUCCCUUCCCUAUGUCGACCUUGAUGUUCCUGAUGUUCAUUGAAACGGGUUGCACAUGCAAAGCACAUGAGGAAUGUCCGUCAUCUCUUUUCCUCUCCCGCCCAUUUUUUUUUAAUAUAAUAGCCUGUAGAAUACAUCAGUUAUUUUCAACUACUGUAAAGAUACUGGGGGUUGCAAAGGAAAUUUUUGGAGAGUGGUGGUUUACACUGACCUCUUUGUAUUUCAAGGCACUCAUAUU